AUUACAUGGAUGAAGCGUAAAAACAGACGGUUAUUGACUGUUGGCACAAGUACCCACUCAGUCGACAAACGAUUUGUCGUGAUGCAUUCGAGUACUGAUUGGUUACUUCAGAUACGAGCAGUCACUGUUCAAGACGAGGGUAUAUACGAGUGUCAGGUUACGUCGCAUCCGGUGCAACGGAAUUUCGUGCUCUUGAAGAUCACAGAAGCGUACUCGAUCAUACCAGGAGCGCCUGAUUUACAUGUGAAGCAAGGUUCGAGCCUUCAGCUGGAGUGUCAACUAAAGGCAGCCGCGGAAUCGCCCCUUUACGUCUUCUGGUAUCGCCAGGGGCACAUGAUCAAUUACGACGAGGAGCCAGGCGUGAAAGUUGAGCUGACCAAGAACGGAUCGAUUUUAAUGGUCAACAAAACGAAACCGUCGCACGGCGGUAAUUACACGUGCUCGCCGAGCAACGCUAAAUCGGCUUACGUAAUGGUUCACGUGAUCGAAGAGGAAGAGAAACCGGCGGCAAUGCACGGAGGGGACCGAAGGAACCUUAGCCCAGCAAUUUUAGCGAGCAACUUUCUGGUGUCCCUCAUGGCGGCCGUCAGCUGGAGGAUACCGAGUUUCACCAGCCUUUACCCGACAUGA